AUGAUAAAGAGAUUAUAUAGUAUCGCUUUCGUAGAUUCAUUAUAUGAAUAUGGCUUAUUAUUGAAAUCUUAUACAACUAAUUCCUCAGGGAACUUCAAUGAUCAGUGCACAAAUAUAAGCAAAAUAUUUUCGAAUGAUUUACAGUCAAAUGUUAAUGCAAUAUGCACGAAGGUUAUGUCAUAUUUAGAAAAUAUUCAUAAGACUAGUGAUAAUAGAUUAAUAACGUCUAGUUGUAUAUAUUUGUACUACUGGAUAUAUGAAGAAUUUAAGAAACAGGAAAAAGAUAACAGCAUAUAUACCAAAAUGAUUUAUGAUUUGUUAAUUAUGGUAUAUAAUAAUAGAGGUAAUAUAUCUAUUUGCAAUAAUUACGCGAAAACUAUAUUUAACGAUGAAGAAAUGUUAAAACUAAAAGACAUAUAUGACAUGGUCACUAUAUUACAUGAUUUAAAUAAAGAAGGUGCAUGUUCUAAUGAAGAAAAACCUAAUUGUACCAAUCAAUGUUUUAAUACAUAUAUUAAAUAUGAAGCAGAAUGUAAAUUCAAUAAUGAUCAUUAUUUUUGUAAAAUAUUAAAUGAUUUUAGAAAUGCAUAUAACACAAAAUUAAGAAAUUUAUCUGGUGCUAAUAUACAUUACAAACUGUUGCCUUCCUUCCAUACAUAUAACAUAAAACUUACUGUUAUAAUUCCAGUUCUUGUGGCAUUAAUAACAUCUGUUAUAUUAUUUAUGUUGUAUAAAUUCACUGCAUUUGGAUCAUACAUUAGCCAAAGUAUAAUAAGAGAAAAGAAUGUGUUCAAUGUUAUUGCAAAAAAAAGGAAUAUAUUAGAACAAUCAGAUAUAUCCAGCAAUAUUCCAAAUAACAGGAAAUAUAAUGUAUAUUAUAAUUUUACCUAA